UUGUAGCGGUGGUGGGAAAUCAAUAGUGUAAUAGCUUCUCCCAUCUUCUUGACAAGCUGGAUCAAUUUCGGCUGAACACACGUUAUUUGAACUGUGCGGAUUCGCACUCUUCCGCUGCAGCUGCGCAGUGGCCGGCCGGUCUCUGGGGUGGCUGUGUGUUACUUAGCAGCAGAAGUUUAAUCAUGGUGCUGGCAGUUGCUGGAGCUGAGUGACGGAUAAAUGUUCAAGUCUUUGCCUUUCGGCAGCUGGCUCCGCGCCUCCGGAGGAGACGGCCAGUCGGGGUCGGGGGGAGAGACUGUCCCGGGGGAUGUCUCGGUGGAUGAGCAGAGGAGCGGCGGAACACCCGCCGGAGAGGCGCAGAAGGAACCGAGGGCGAUCGGAACCUACCUGUUCAGUGCAGCCGCCUUAGCCUCCAGGAAGGUGGCAGAGACAGCCCAGAAUCUCCGCAGAUCUGUGGAGGGACAUCCGAUCAUAGACAGGACGAUACUGGGGGAUUUUAAGAAGGAGCAGGAGAGGUUCCUACAAGAAAAACAACAAACCAAAGUAGGUAAGCUUGGACACCACUCCAUGAGAAAAUAUUUUUCCACGGGAGCCAUUGUAAAUUUCCUGUGA